AUGGAUCCUGCGGCUGAAAGUUCCAAUUUGAGCAGAUUUGGGCAGGGAUCCCGCGGGGAUUUGGGGUCUGGGUUGGAUCCCGGGGUGUUCUCCCCGCUUUUCCCUGGAUUCCUCGGGGAAUUUCCCCGAUUUCCUCGGUUUCUCACCCAAAAACCCCGCUGGAAUUUGGGGCUGCGGAUCCGGGGGGAUCCCGAGCUCCUCUGGCUCCCACAGCUGCAGGACCUGAAAAAUGAACUGGAGAAGAGGCAGGCGAAGAAAACCGCGGAGAUUUCGAGCCCGGAGAGCCCGGCAGAGGAGCAGGGGGAGAAGAAGCAGCACCCGGGUGUGAAAAGCUCCGUCCGCAGGUGUGGGAAAGUGACUUUCCAGCUGCCCCUGGAUGCGGCCCCGGGGCCGGAGGAGCGAAUUUGUCACUUCUCGUGGAGGAGCAGCGCCCUGAAGGAAACCCUGAGGAAGCUCCAAGCCAGCGUCACCCUGGACCCCGACACGGCGCACCCCGACCUGGUGGUGUCCGAGGACGGCCGGAGCGUGUGGCGGGGGUCGCGGCCGUGCCGCCCCCCGGACGGCCCCGAGCGCUUCGAGCUCUGGCCCUUCGUGCUGGGCCAGCAGCGCUUCUCCUCCGGUCGCCACUGCUGGGCCGUGGACGUGGGCGACGGCGGCGACUGGGCCGUGGGGGUGGCGAGGGAGUCGGUGCGGAGGAAGGGGCGGCUCAGCCUGGGCCCCCCGGGAGGGAUUUGGGGGCUGGAGAAGUGGGGGGGACAGCUCCGGGCGCUGACCCCCGGCAGGGUGACCCCGGUGUCCCCCCGGGGGCUGCCCCGCAGGGUCAGCGUCCACCUGGACUGCGCCGGGGGCUCCGUGGCGUUCUUUGAUGCUGAGGGUGGGGGGCUCCUGUUCGCCUUCUCCAGGGUGUCCUUUGCUGGGGAGGGGGUCCGGCCCUGGUCUUGGGUGGUCGGGGUCCGCUCCCGGCUCCGCCUGUGCCCCUGAGGGAGGAGGGAACCCCCCGAUCCUGGCGGGGUCGGGGGAGGGG